AUGUUAUUAGAGUUAAGAAUAGAUUUAAUUUAGGAUUCAUUGAGAAUUAAACCUGAAUAAACAGGAUAUUUUCUUGUUAAAUAACUUUACAAGUUCUAGCUGUUGUAGCUGAUGGUGGCCGAUUCUGAUAUUUUAAAGCAAUUUAUAGAGAAUAUUUAGAAAAUAGCGAGCAAACGGAUAUGUAAUUUGAGAAAGGGUGUUAGCUUUUAACAAGGAAGGAGAAAUUUUGUUGAAAGCAUUAAGUAGAUUAAUUGUCCACUAGAAGAGUAGGUUGCAAAAAUGAAAUUUUUAGUUAGUUCUGCUGAGGAGGAUGACACUGUUAGUCAUCAUCAUUCCUCCAAGUUUUAGAAUUUUUUGUUAAUUAUUAGAAAGAAACCAUAUAGCAUGACAGGGUUGACAAGGGAUAGAAAGCAUGAGAUGUAAAUAUAUAGUUCAUCAUAUUCAUUCAAAGUUUCAUAAUUUUAUAGUACAUUUUUGACAAAGCAUUGGGGUCUAUGUACUAGAAGUCAGAACUAUAGUGCAGAAUUCACUAAAAUGACAAAUCAUAAAAUACAUCAACAUUCUUCCCAGGUUCCUGCUGUGACAUAGUUUGCUACAGGUUAGAUCAAGAACUUAUAAAAUAGCUAACAGCCUGUAAUGUAUUUAUGAGACAAUUUUUAAAUGACUUUCUUAAAGAAUAAAAAAAUGCUGAAACAAAUACUGUUGGAUCAGCAAUCUGA